AUGGCUCCCAACAUGAACUGGCGAGCCGUGAUGGCUUCACUCUUACUCCUAUAUCCUGGCCCAUCCCAUACUCUGCCCUGCGACAGUGAGCCCAACCAGCAAACUGGCAUGCUCUAUGCUGGAGGCUGUCCUCUUCCUGGUGUAUGUACAUGGGGAAGCUGUACAAGCGUCACGAUCGGACUCGACCCUACACAAUGCGGGAAGCGCGGCAACUCAUGCAAAGCUGGAGAGCUCUGCGUCGCUGGUGGAUGCUAUCCUCUUGAUGGAUCAAAUAGCGACAGCUGCACCUCCUCAUCAGGCUCCAAUAGCUCUGGCCCAUGUCAGCCGGGCCAAUGGUGCGAUGAUGGAAAGUGUUCCCCAAUCCAAGUGACGGCAAAUUCUCGUCGCUGCGGCAGCACAAACACACAGUGCGGACCUGGUUCCCUUUGUGUUAACGAUCGAUGCCAAAGGUUGGCCAUUGGCUCAGAUCCCAAUUCAUGCGGUUCUUCAAAUACGACCUGUGCCUCAGGCAACUGGUGCCUCGACGGAUCAUGUGUGUCUUUUCAGCUCGGUACCAACGUCCAGUCCUGCAAGAGCAGCAGUGAAUGCUCCCUUGGCACGUCGUGCCAAGGCGGUUACUGCCGUCAAGCCUUCAUCUCAACCGACACUUAUAACUGCGGCCUGGGAGCCAACCCAAAGAACUGUACGGAUGGGCAACUAUGUGUUUCUGGGAAAUGCCUUUCGCUCAACAUUACCACGGGCACUUCCUCCAGUUGUGGCUCUAAUGGAAGGUGCCAACCAGGAUCUUAUUGCUCAAACAACGAGUGUGCACCUAUCCAGGUCUCAACCGACUUGUCGCAGUGCGGAAGCAGCUCAGAAUCCUGCGGAAGCAACCGGGUGUGCGUCUCGGGUCAGUGUAUCAGCAACCUGGUUCACCAAUCCAACAAUCCUAGGGUCGCCUGUGGUGCUGGGUCUGGAGGUCCUGGAGCACGUAUUCCCGAUGCAGAUGGGGAUGGAGACACACAGUCGAAUGACGAAGGUAGUUCCUCUGGAGCAAGCGGCAGCUCUGGCGGCAGUGAUUCGAAUAGCAAUGGCUCGGGAGACAAUGCCUCCGGCCGAAAUGGAGGAUCUUCUGAUGGAAGUGGCCAAGACAAUGCACCCGCCAAUGGAGAUUCGCAGUCGUCAGAUGGUUCCAACGGUGGAGACGCCUCUGGCGAUAGCGACUCAUCGCAGGGAAAUGGUGCAACCUCAGGCGAUGCUGGGCAAGGGGGAGGUGACACAGCUGCUGGAGGUGGCGACGACACAGACGGCUCUUCCGGAAAUACUUCUCCUUCCAAUUCAAAUUCUGGCUCAGGAAAUGGAGAUGGACAAGCAGACCAAGAUGGGUCUGAUCAAAAUGGCGAUGACGGAGCCUCGCCAGGCCAGGACGGAGGAGACAAUGGCUCCGGGUCACCAGCUUCGACUUGUGACCCAGCCUGUACUGGCAACACUGUCUGUAUCAACAACCAAUGCGCUUCAGUUCAAGACCCGUCAUCUUGCGGCACAACCUCUAGUCGUCUCCUGCGUCUGCUUCGGAGACAAGCGACAUCAGCCUGCCAGCCAGGAUUUGCUUGCAUUAACAACGAGUGUGUACCGGCCGACGGCCCGGUCAACUGCGGCGCAUCAGGUGUCAAUUGCCCCAUCAACUAUGCUUGUAUCCAAGAUUCCUGCGUGGCUCUUAGCGACCCAACUUCUUGCGGAGGUGAAACUUGCAGCAGUGAUGAAGUAUGUAUUGGCAACAUCUGUACGCCAAGUCCAGGUCUAGCUAGCUGCAAUGGAGUUGCUUGCCCUACUGGUGAGACAUGCCAAGAUGGAGCUUGUGUUCCCAUCGAUGGCACAGGCUCAGGUUCAAACGGAGGCGGAGGAACCCAGGGAGGCGGUUCAAAUAAUGGGGUCGACGAUGGAUCUCCCUCUUCAAGUGGUGGAAACGGGAACGGCGACAACACAGGUGGGGAAGGUCAGGGCAGCGGGGGCUCCUCUGAUGGGGAUGGCUCUUCUGGUGACGGGUCGCAGACUGGCAGUACACAAGGACAAGGCUCUGGCGGUGACGAUCCUGGGGAUUCUGGGUCAGACUCUGACUCUGGUAGUGGCUCUGGAUCUGGAGAUGGCUCAGGCUCCGACUCAGGCUCCGGCUCCGGUUCAAGCGAUGGCUCUUCUGAUGGCGCUUCUGACGGUGGAAGCUCAGGAUCUGGGACAAGUCCAGGAAGCGGAAGUGGAUCCGGAAACGGAUCAAAUUCAGGGUCUGAUUCGCCGGCAGGCAAUGGUUCAGGUUCUGGAUCUCCGGGAGGUAAUGGGUCCGGAUCAAAUGGUGGAGACGGUGACGGCAACGGCACUGGAUCUGAGCCCGGUUCCGGCUCAUCACCAGGCAAUGGUUCAGAUGGCAGUGGAAACGGUUCAACAACAACGCGCCAACCAGCACUUACGGCCAGACCACAAGGUAAUGUCCCUGGUGGUGGUGAUCCCGAUGCCGACAAUACCUCCGAUAGUGGUAAUACAGGGUCAAAUGGCAGACAGACCUCUAGUACACAAGCUGGAGCCCGCCCAAGCCAAACUGGUAGCCAAGGAAAUGGCUCUGGAGGUGGUGGAUCUGGAGGUAGCAACGGGUCCAGCAGCCGGUCGCAAUCAGCAUCCUCUCCGAAUCAAACUGGUGGCACGGAAGGAGGUGGUACAGGCGGCGAGGGCGGCCCUGAUUCGAGUGAUCCUGUGUCAAAUGAUGGCUCAGAAGCAACAUUGGGAGCGUCUGUAUCCGGUGGCUCUUCACUUUCAGGACUAGGUGGAUCAGGAGCGACAGGAUCAACAGGCCAGACAUUACCAACUUCGGUUCUAUCCGACGGGGCACCAAUCGUCAACCCUGGCCCUGGCUCAACGGGGGCAUCUGGAAGAUUGACAACAUCGACUUCGAGGCAGAUUGGAAGCCCUGAAGGAAACCCUACGGGUGGUGGGGAUGAAGACCCAUCGCCAACAGAUAGCAGUGGUGGUGGUAACAUAGGCACUCAAGGGUCAGAAGGAUCAAGUAUACUGUCGACGGAUAACGGGGGUGCUUCCGCUACUGAUGAUAAUGGAGGCGGCACUGGCACAGCAACUCAAGGCUCAGGCACUUCAAAUACUGCUGCCAGCCAGCCAAACUCCUCAAACACAGCUGGAUCUGGAACAGGCGGUGGGCAACCUUCAAGCACUGAUGGCGGCCCUAACGCCGGAGGUCAGACAAGUGCAAGUGGCAGUCAACCUUCAGCGACGACUUCACUGGGAGCCGACCCAAGCCAAGGGGCUGGAACGACUGGUUCUUCCAAUGGCCAGUCGACUGGUGAACAGUCUUCAUCUGUCACAACUACAGGCCAAGACCCGUCACCCACUGAUGGAUCCCCCACAUCCUGCUCGGAUGUCAGUGACUGUGUCGUUGAUACUGAGCUCUGUGUUUCCGGAGGACUCAACAUCUGCGCCUGCGUGAACGCAGUAUGUGUCCCGAGCACCGACCCAGAUGGUGCUUCCACUACAGGAGGUGCUGGCUCUACCGCGGCAUCUGGAACCGAGGGCAGCAAUCCUUCAUUGCCGACCGAGAGUGGAGGAGGGACACCUUGCAGUGACGAUGAUGACUGCUUGGCCGAUGUCUCGUUGUGUUUGAGCGGCGUACUCAAUCUGUGCACUUGCGUUAAUGCAGUAUGUGUUAGAGACACUACAACGAGUGGCUCUCAAGUGUCAAGCACGGUUUCUGGCAAUAAUCCAGGGUCUGACGGCGGCGCAUCAGUAACUACAACAGCUGAUGAGCCGGCUAGACAGACAGGAUCAGCAUGUUCUACCAGUGACGACUGCGUGGCCGACGUAGCAUUAUGUCUGGUCGGUGGGCUCAACUUGUGUGUCUGUGUGGACGCUGUAUGUCAGCUUGGCCCUGACUCGAAUAGUGGUGGAGGCGGCGAUGAUGACCCAACUCCGACAGCCGGGGCACCAGCAGCCCAAACAUCAGUACCGUGUUCAAAUGCUGAUGAUUGUACAGCUUCCCUCGGGUUGUCUGUCUUGGGAAUCUACGUUUGUGUGGACCUCAUUUGCCAGCUUCAGCCAACUGCCAACCCUACGAAUGGAGGUACUACAGCUUCGCAAACAGGCUCCAUCGCGAUUCCCACCAUCACCGCACCUAUAGAUUGUUCGACAGAUCAAGACUGCGUGGCAGCAUUGGGAGCCGACGCGUUAGGAAUCUUUGCGUGCAUAGAUCUCUUAUGUGAGCAGACGGCUACAGCUUCUGGAGCUGGUGCUGCUGCUACCCAGCCUGCCGCGUCUGUACAAGGAACUGACGUCGAGUGCUCGACGGACCAAGACUGUGUCGCUGCCAUUGGCGCUGGGGCUCUUGGUAUCUUCGCAUGUGUCAAUCUUCUUUGCCAACAGACAGCAACAGCCAGCGUUGCUGGUACAGCGACCAACACUGGGGUUUCUGCUUCGGGAUCUACAAUUGACGUUGAGUGUGAUACCGAUCAAGACUGUGUUGUCGCUCUCGGCUCCCAGGCGUUGGGGUUAUUUGUCUGUGUCAACGCUCUCUGUCAAGAAACCACCACAACUGCUGGCGCUGGGCCUUCGACAACUCAGCCCCCUUUUCCGGGAGCCACGACCGACAUCGAGUGCUCGACAAACCAGGACUGUGUCGCAGCAAUUGGCGCAAAUGCUUUGGGGAUCUUUGCUUGUAUAGAUUUGAUUUGUCAACAGACGGCAAACCCAAGCAGCGGUUUCGUCACUGUAACAUCGGACAAUGCACCAGCCACAACUAGCUCGGAAACACCAUGUUCUGACGACAGCGACUGUACAGUCGCAGGUCAGACAUGCGCCGCCGAUGGUUUUUGCAGGGAAUCGUCGCCCAGUACUGGUAACGGGGGUACCAUCUCCUGUUCCGAUAAUGUUGACUGCCUCUUAUCUCUGCAGCCUCUUUGUGUCCUUGGCCUCUGCGUUUGCGUGGAUGCGGUUUGCGGUCCACCGGUAGACGUCGAUACAUGCACGACAACCGCGCAGUGCAGCGCUGGACAAACUUGCCAACAAGAAGUCUGCGUCGAUGAUGUAUCUUGUUCUACGGAAGAUGACUGUCUGGCAAACCUCGACUUGUGUACGUCACUGGGAAUCUGUGCUUGCGUCAAUGGAUUGUGUACCUUGUAA